UUUCAGGGAUCAUUUCUAUAGUUUCUGACUUGAGAAAUGUGCUUCUAAAGUGUAUGGUCUCGCUAACCGCGAUGAUGAGUUGGUGAUACUUCUUUCUGAGCGCGAAGCGGGUAGAGAGACUUGAUUCAUUUCAUAUGCUUUCUACUUUUGAUGACCGUUCACUGUCUCUUCGGGGACAAUGAGGGAAGGAGUAUGAUCAGAGUGGUAGUGCAUAGAUGUGAAAGAAAAAUUAAGAACUGAAUACGGGAUAGUGACUUUUAUUUGUUUGUGUAUAUAUUCCGUUUAUUAUGUACUUUUAAAGUGGAGGGAAACACUUUGCAGGAAAGUCCCUUAAUGCAGUUAAUACAGUUUAACUGUAUAUUGAAGACUACCAUUAAAAUUUUACUAUUAUUGCUGUAUAAAAAUUGGACUUUGGUCAUUUUUACUAACUGAAUGAAAAAGUGGGAAUAUUGGAUGUUUCUGACAGUGGUAAUUGUAGUAAAAUAAAAAGUUAACUACCUAAUUUGUAAAUUUGAAAGUAUUUUAACAUAGAAACAAAAUCACCUUUAACCAGUUUAACAUCAUCAGUAUUAAUCAAGCAAAGUAGAGCAGUCUGCAUUAAGAAACUACUUUUACCUAAACAACUCUUUUUUAAUGAUUUAUUUCAUUAUAUGUCUCUACUUUUAUCUAAUUAAACUACAAGUACAUGCGUUUAUAUUCUUUUUCGUUAAAUCAAGUGAAAUAUCUGAAUGAAGUCAAUAUCCAUAAAUAAAACCUGGUGGUUUUAUGUACAAAUCCUCUCCCAGAUGAAUAUAUAUCGAAGCAUAUAAAACAUUAUAAUGAAAUCCAACGACCCAGUUACAGCAGCAAUAUAAAAAAAAGUAUUGCUUUAUUUGUACUACUAAAGCAAAUGGCAUUUUCCCAUCACUUGCAACAGCAUUGUGUGGUUUUCUGCGGGGAUUAUUUCCAGCCAUACUGGCGGUAGAGCUUCAACGUUAAGCUGUUUUUAUGUCAGAAGUUGGAUUUUUUUUUUUUUUUUUUUGGUCGUCCAGAGUAGGCGUUUUUUGGCACCACAUGCCAAGAAGACAGCCGGGACAAAUUCUUCUGUGCUGGCCUGGAGAAACACUCAAAACCUAAAAGAAAAAAAAAAAAAAAAAGAGGCACCGAGGGCUUUCUUCUCCCUUUGAAUAGUGUUGAACCGUUCACGGCUCCGUGUUUGUGAUUGACGUGAGAAAAACUGUGGGGACUGAUUCGUCCUGGUGUUGGAGACUCGGCUGCAUGGCGGUGUUGAUGCAGAGGCUUCACACGCACAGGACACACAGGAGGGAUUCAUUUUGAACGAUGCCUGCUGAAUGAGAUUAUUAUUUAUUUAUUUUAUUUUUUUUAUUUAUUUUUUUUUUUUAAAAAAAAGAUGUAUCUUUUUGAUUUUUGAGUUUUAUGUUUUUUGAGCAGCAUUAUUGGCGACGCUCAGCCAAAAUCAUGAGACACAAAUGAUGUUUAACAUUUCUUUAGAUGGAGGUUCAUUCUCGAAGAACUUGGAGGACUUCGACUCUAUUCGCAGUGUUCUUCUUUACAGUGACUUGGAACCAGAGUGGCUGGACGACAUUCAGAAGAACGGAGAGCUUUUCUACCUGGAGCUAAGUGAGGGGGAAGAGGAGGCUGCUCUGGCUCAGGCCACCGCCAACCAAGUCGCAUCCACUAACCAUGUCCGCUUUAGCGAAAAGGAGGCAGAGAUCAUCACGGAGCAACACAAGAAGCAGCGAUGUGGAUCACGGACCAAAGGGGAGCCCGCGCUUAAGAGGCUGGCCAGGAUCCUGAGGAGAAAACGCCGGCCUUCCCUGCGCAGAGGAGGCAAGGAUGGGGGCAAGGACAGCUCGGCCUUAUCGCCGCCAGCGUCCAUCCUGAAGAACCAGCCCGGCCAAAGGCAGGGUGUGACCGUUCAGCAGCAGCAGCUGAAGGAAGUGUGCGUCUACCUCAACCCCAAACGUUUAGGGGGUUCGUCGAGCCCUGUGUGUGACAGCGGCGGCCUGCUGGAGGCUCUGCUGGGGGUGGUGCAUCGUCCCGCCUGGAGCAGAGGUCAGGGGGAGCCCGGAGACAUCAGACAGGAGGAGAGACUCACCGUGCAUGGAUUAAUACCCAACAGUCCAGCCAUCAAAUGUGGCCAGAUCCUAAUUGGUGACGUCCUCGUAGCAGUGGAUGACGUCGACGUGACGUCGGAGAACAUCGAGCGGGUUUUGUCCUGCAUCCCAGGACCAACACAGGUGAGGCUCACCUUGGAGACGGUGGCUCCGGUGGACAGGGGAAGCACUGGCGACACGUCUUCACUCCACAAGACAAAGGCGUCUCCGCCGGUCAGCCAGCUGGUGCGUCUGCUGUGGGGGGAGGACACGGCCGAGCUCCAGAUGUCCAUCAGCCACAUACCACACGUGGUCAUGUACCUGUCGUUGAAACUGGACUCCGCAUCGCCGCAGGACGAGGAGGAGAUCUUGUACCAGUACCCGGUGUCUGAAGCAUCCAGCCAGCUGAAAGGAGUGAGGGGGAUCUUCCUCACCCUGUGUGACAUGCUGGAGAACGUCACAGGAGGCCAGAUCAUCAGUUCGUCUCUCCUGCUCGGGAAACAUCUGGUACACGUCGGCUACUGGAAGGAAAGCAACAACCUGCUGGUCAUUGGUCUUCCUGCUGAGAGGGUCCCUCUGCUGUAUCUGCAGACGGUGGUGGGAGACGUAGUCCGGACAUUAAAAGUGAUGUACGGCUCUUUGGACAGGGCGUUCUGUAAGGUGGACCACACUCCCAGGUUGGACCACUUCUUCUGCCUGUUCUUCCAGCAGCUCAUCCAGCCGUCACGUCUGAGAGAAGGCGCCUCGACGACGACGACGCCGCCCGACGUCUCAGGGACUCUUUUCCUCGACGGACUGCCGGCGGUCCGAUGGCUCACGCUGCCUCCGGAAAUCAAGACGGAGGUGGACACUGUUCUUUCUGAUUUUGAGUCUUCUGAUUUUGGAGAAAUGUCUGAGGACUUUUUCGGCCUGAGGCGUCUGUAUGUGAUUCUUGGCUCCUGUUUGUUCUACAAGUCCUACCUGAUUGCCAAUCACCUGCCGAAGGAGGACCUCCUGGACGUCUGCCUGUACUGCCAACACUACUGCCUGCUGCCGCUGGCGUCAGAGCAGCGAGUGGGUCAGCUGGUCAUCUGGAGAGAGGUGUUUCCCCAGCAGAGAGCUAGCAAAGACGGCGGCGCCGCCCCGGGCUACGGCCAGCCGCAGGGGCGACACUUCCUCCUCAUAGUGGGGCUGAGGCACUUUAUGCAGUGCGUACUGUUGGAGGCUGGUGGAUGUGCUUCCCCAGCGUUGGCCUCUCCAGGACCCGACUGUGUUUACGUCGAUCAGGUGAAGGCCACCCUGUUGCAGCUGGAGGUGUUGGAGGCAGGCAUCGAAGAGCGCCUCAACGCUCCACCCGCUCCCUGCCUGUCCUGUGCCGACUGGUUCCUCCCCGCCGCGACGGCCCGCGACCGACUCGACAGCCUGGCCUCCUCCUCCCCAGUCCUCAGCAAACUCGCCGGGGCCGUCAGGGGCUCCUCGUCCGGGUCCAGGGGCCGCAGCCUGUUCGGGGAGAAGUCCCGGAGGUCCAGCCCGCAGAGGAGCUUGUCGGACAGCGGGAGCGAGGGGCAGAUGGACGCGGGGUCGGGACUCAGUCCGCAUUCCACCCCGGACUCAGCGAGGAAGCUGGGGGGGCGACGGGACUCGCUGGGGUCUGGAGGGUCUGAUGGCAGCGGGGGCAGCGGAGGCCUCUUCAAGAUGUCCAGGAUGAAGCACCCAAACCCCUUCUACCUGGGCACCCUGAAGAAGACCCUGACUGAGAGGGAGACGGAGGAGAUGUACAACACCAUGAAGCUGACGUCGGGUGCGGAGAACACCUUGUUCCACUACGUCCUGAUGGAAACCGUGCAGGGAAUCUUCAUCGCCCCCACGCACAGAGAAGUGGCUCAGCUCAGCGGCUCCAUUCACCCGCAGCUCAUACGCAACUUCCACCACUGCUGCCUCUCCAUACGAGCCGCCUUCCAGCAGAGUCUGCCAGCCAGGGGCCGUCGUGCAGCAGACCGGCCUCAGAGCGCCGGUUGGGGUCUGGGUCCAGUUAAGGAGCACGGGGUUCUGUUUCAGUGUAAACCCGAGAACUGGACCGACCAGAGGAAACCUGCUCCCACCAUGACUUACUGGGUCAUAGGGCGGAUGUUGCUGGAGCCAGUUCCUCAGGAGUUCUACGUGUGCUUCCAUGACUCGGUGGCGGAGGUUCCUGUGGAGAUGGCCUUCAGACUCUCCUUCGGUUUGGCUUUGUGACGCAUCGUCCUCUCUCUCUCUCCCUCUCCGGAUCUGGCGAAGCAUCAGUUGCCUUCUCAGGAAAAACAAUUCAAACUCUGAUGCUUGCGUACAGGGGGGACUGAGUGAGGAGAGACAAGUUAAUGGGUUGACCUCAACUUCAGACCAGGUGGUUUUUGUGCCUCGUUGCUCUACAGAAAUGUUUGCGUGACUCUUUGUGUGUGUGAGAAGCCUCUCAGUCAGUGAAUACCUCAGACUCCAAGUUGUAAACCUCUCAUGAGACCAGACCUUUGCUGCCUUAAAGUCUACUAAGCUGGACCGGGAUAAUGAUGCUGCUGCAGACGUCUCUAUCACAUCAAAUAAGGUUGUAAUGAAUUGUUGCUUAAUUUAAAUUUUGUACAGUUUUGUAUGGGAACAUGGACUCGUUUGUUAAAUAAAUGAACAAUAUUUGACAUUAAAAA